AUGUUUGCAUUAAAGGGGAGAGCUGUCAAGCUGGCUCUAUGUAGUGGUCGUUCAGCUAUGAUGAGACCUCCUAUAGUCGGAAGGGCUAUUUCUGUAAGGCUCCAAAGCAGCGCUCCGAAGGACAAUGGAGCUCACUUAACUGACGAAGAAAUCGAUGGUUGGUUAAAAGCUAUCGAAUCAUUGAGGACAGAGUUUGCGGACCAGCAAUUUCUCCCUGAGACAUCUUUGGCACCUCCAGGUCAGUCCAAGAUUAACAUUCUCGAGGAAGCUAUGAACGAGGAGAAGAUAUUCGAACCUACUGAAGAGCAAACCGCGGAAUGGGAAAGAUUAAAAGGAGUUCCUUUACCCGAACGUAAGGAUGAAACCUUACAGCACGUUACGAAUAUGAUCAUGAGACAUGGAAAAAAGCAGCGCGCCGAAAAAAUGUUGUCUCGUGCUCUCUAUUUGGUGUUCUGUCAGACACGUCAAGAUCCUAUUGAAGUCCUCAAGAAAUCUUUAGAUGAGCUAGCACCUCUCAUGAUUGUGAAGACAUUCAAAACUGGUGUUGCAAAGGCAGCAGUAAUACCAGUUCCUUUAAACAGCAGACAGAGAAACAGAAUUGCCUGGAAAUGGAUUGUUGAAGGCGCAAAUAAGAGGGCUUCAAGUGAUUUCUCAGUAAGGCUUGGGGAAGAGCUGGUUUCUGUUUUCAAGGGGAAUAGCUCAGGCUUUGACAAGAGAGACCAAAUGCAUAAAACUGCCAUAGCGCACAGAGCAUAUAUCAAAUUAAAGUGA